ACCAUAUGUUCCACCAUUUAGCAACAUUCCAUCCUUUGUAGCUGGAAGCCUGAUCACACACAAACGAACAUGGAAAAUGCCCCUCAACUCAUCAACCAGCUACCAGAUGAUUCCAACAACAACAAAAAAGGCACAAAAAGAAGAUCAUCAUCUCAUCAUCAUCAUCAAGAGGGAAACAAUAUGAUUGGCAACGAGCAAAAGAGAUCAAGGGAUGUGAGUCAUCCAACAUAUCGCGGCGUACGUAUGAGGAGUUGGGGGAAAUGGGUGUCCGAGAUUCGUGAGCCAAGAAAGAAAUCAAGAAUAUGGCUAGGAACAUUCUUAACAGCAGAGAUGGCAGCUCGAGCCCAUGACGUGGCUGCAAUAGCUAUAAAAGGUCAUUCCGCUUUCCUUAAUUUCCCAGACAUGAAACAUUUGCUUCCACAACCAGCCACCACGUCACCUAAAGAUAUCCAAGAAGCCGCGGCUAAGGCUGCAGUAGGAGCCGAGCCACCUCCUACUGCAGCUAGCCAAUUGGACACUACUACACUUUCUCACUCUAAUCCAUCAAAUACCUUGUCCUCAUUAUCGUCUUCUGAUAACACUACUACUACUCAAGAAUCAUCAAUAUCAUCAUCACCAUCCAUAGAAGAAGAGGAGCAAGAUGAUGCAUUCUUUCACUUGCCCGAUCUUUCUCUUGACAGAGUCGAUUACUUCAGUUAUAAUCCUUCGUCGUGGCACCUUGUGGAUAAUGAGCCAGAAGUAGAGCCGUUUCUUUGGUAAAUUAAAUUAAAUUAAAUAUAUCACGUCAUGAAACGUAUCAACAUAUAUAUAUAGUUAAAAAUGACGCUGUGUAAAGCUGAUUUUUUAACAACACCCCUAAGCAGUAGUCAUAUAUUUAUUUGACAGAUGCAUGAUUAUGUGUGUGCGUGUGAUCAUAUUUU